AUUCUUCGUAAUUCAUCUGAAAGUUGAAAAAAGGCGACUGAAUCAGUAGAGAAAUGGAUAAAUUUCAAAUUUGAAAAGAAGAAGCAAAAUCAUAGAUUUUUGAUCCUUUCAUUUUGACAAUAAUUUCUGAAAUAUUAAAAUAAAAUUUCAGAUAAUGUAGCAAAUUCUAGUGUUGAAGUAAAAUUGGGGAAUCAUAAAAUGGUAGUAACAACGCACAAAACAGCAAUUUUUCAAGUAGAAACAUUUCUUGUAAUUAUCGCCGGAAUGACAGCACUCAUUCUCGAUUCUUCGUUCAUCACAUUCAGCAAAGAUGUAGAUAAAAUUUGGAAGAUUGCUCUGGAUCCUUACAAAUUUCCACCCAUAAUGCAGAUGCACUUGAAAUAUGCUUUAACGACGCUUGUGGUGGUUAGGACGUUUACUGUUCAUAUCACAAUUGCCUUAUAUGUUGUUAUGUUGUGGCCUGCUAUAUUCGCUGACAGAGAAUACUUACUGAUACCAUGGAUAGUUGUAGGAACAAUACGUUUGUGUUGUGAUAUCGUGGCGACUGUUAUAGGCCUAUUCAUCUGUUCCAAAUAUGGAUUACUGAGUACUUUAUGGAUUGAAUUCCUGAUUGUUCAACUACUGAAACAUGGCCCUGCUUUCUAUGUUUGGUUGACUAUUGUUAGGUAUAGGUCUUACUUGUUGGACGUCGAAGAGGAAAGAAGAAAACAAAUGGAACAAGAAAUUUAUUUAAUAAGAACGGGAAGGAAGAGCAGGAGACAAAUGACUGUGGAACAAAGACGUUCCAUCCAAUGUAAAAGGGAUUCUAUCAGCCAGGCAACUAUUGCAACUAUAAUACAUCGCCUGAGUCAUCGGGAUAAAGAAAAUAUGUCCACAAGAAGCCUAGAUACUCUUCUGGAAAUCAUAGAUAGGGGACAUCGUGAAGAAGAGGAGAGUAGCUGGAUGAGUGAAGAUUCAUCAUACACAUAUACAACAUAUUCGACUAUACAAUCUGAACAGAAACAGUUUCUGCCUGUAAAAAUAGAAUCUGAACAGAAAACGAUUCAACAAUUAAUCGAAGAAUCUGAACAAGACACUAAUACGAAACCGAAUGAUUUAGUUAACAAAAUAGAUAUGGGUUCCGUGAAAAGUGAAGUAAUCGAGGAAGAAAAUAAUCUACAAUGCAUUUACGAUGAGAGUACUCUAGGAACCUUAUCCCCCAGUAGCAGUGAAAGAGAAAUGGGAUUUACUUCUACUAAAAAUGGAGAAAAGGAAGAAUCAUAAUCAGGAAUUCUUUAGGAGGUUUAGGAGAAUCCGUUUGUCAAUGAUGUACCAAUUAUAUGAAAUACAUUACUUUUAAUCCCA